ACACCGAAGACACAACCGACAUGGCCCUGCCAGCGCCCGAGGCCCAGCCUCCAGGCGGCUCGCAGCUGAGGUUCCUCCUGUUCCUGCUGCUGCUCCUGCUGCUGCUGUCAUGGCCAUCGCCCGGGGACGCCCUGGCACUGCCCGAACAGCGACGUUCCCACCCGGAAUCCCGACUCGACGCUCACGAGCUACGAGGUCGCUUCCAGGACCUGUUGAGCCGGCUACAUGCCAACCAGAGCCGUGAGGACUCGAACUCAGAACCCAACCCCGACACGACUGUCUGGAUACUCACUCCAGAAGUACGACUGGGGCCGCGCGGCCACAUGCUGCUCCGCGUCCGCUGGGCGUCGCUGACCCAGGGUAUCCACGAAGCUUACCGCGUGCACCGAGCACUUCUCAUGCUGUCGCCGUCGUCGCGGGCUUGGGACGUCACCGCACCCCUGCAGCGCGCGCUCAGCCUCGGGGGACCCCACGGCCGCGCACUGCGCCUGCGCCUGGCGCUGCCCCCAGACCUGGCCGUGACGCCCUCUAGCGGCGCGCGUCUGGAACUGCACCUGCGAUCGGCCGCCGGCAGGGGGCGCCGCAGCGCACACGCGUUCCCCAGAGACUCCUGCCCUCUGGGUCCCGGGCGCUGCUGUCAUCUGCAGACUGUACAUGCGACCCUCGAGGACCUGGGCUGGAGCGACUGGGUGCUGUCUCCGCGCCAGCUGCAACUGAGCAUGUGCGUGGGAGAGUGUCCGCACCUCUACCGCUCGGCCAGCACGCAUGCGCAGAUUAAAGCGCGCCUGCACGGCCUGCAGCCAGACCGGGUGCCUGCCCCCUGCUGCGUCCCCUCCAGCUACACCCCGGUGGUCCUCCUGCACCGGACGGACAGCGGCGUGUCACUGCAGACCUACGACGACCUGGUGGCCCGGGGCUGCCACUGCGCAUGAGCGCCGAGUGUGCCCCUCACCUGCACUCCCUACCCCUCCUGCUAUUUAUAUUUGUAUUUAUUAAUAUUAUUAAUUUAUUGGGGUCAGACUGGGUGGGUGAAUGGAUUGUUUAUUAUUUAAAACUCUUAAUAAACGUGAGACUGGUUUAUAUGGGGGUCUGAGACGGUGCCUCAGUGACCUCAGCAAGAUAAACACCUUUCUAGCCUGUUUGCCCAAGGCAUCAGCUGAAGGGACGAGUGGGUGAGAAUGGGUGAGCUGCUAGAGGGUGUUGUGACCUCUUGGGACUCGUGAGGCGGCUCCAUGAGUAAAGGGCUUGUGGCCACGCCUGAAGACCUGAGUUCAAUUCCCAGAGGCUGACUUGGUCACGUGGUAGACAUGACUCCUGAAAUCUGUCCUCUGAUCUC